AUUUUUUUACGCGUAGCUUAUUUUUAAUAUUUUUAAUUAUCAUUAGUACCGGUAUUUACUUAUAUGUUUAAAAGUACAGGUUUGAAAUUCGUAUCGGUUCGACCAUAGUUUCUAAUUAUAUAUUAUUGUCGUCAGAUAGCGCUAGUGUUGCUCAUUUUUAUGUCAUAGGUACCCUCCAUAGUCAUACGUCAAUUCUUUCAUUCUUAUUAUAAACAGAAACUACAUGUCUGAAGAUACACGUUGAAAUUUGACAAGGCGUCAACAUGCAGUGUUUAUAUCGAUAAAAAUGAAUAUUAAUGUGGUCAAGACAGUAAAUAUAAUAAUAUAUAAUCUGUGUUACUUUAUGAUAUAUAUUUAAAUGUAUUUACAUUUUAUUUUAUACAUGAAAUUCUACCAUAUGUUUAGUGAAUAUAACCUAUAAAAAGUACGUAGGAAAUGUUAUAUACAGUUGAAAGGAUUUGUUUAUAAUUAUAUUUGUAAACAUCAUCAGCAAUGGGAGAAAUGAAUGUAUGCUUUCAAAUAGACACUGAUAAUCGUGAACAUUUUUCAUCUGCAAUUGCAUUUCAAACCUUUCGAAAGCAAAGAGACACGUUUUAUGAAAUUUUGAGGAUAUGGGAACAAAACCAUUUGGUACCAGGAUGGGCUUUUCAAGUAGCUUUGGUAGGAAAGAUUCGAUCAGUACUCACCCAGCAUAAUGAUGCUACCAAUUAUUCUCACUUUGCAAGAUUAUUUAAAUCUCAACUUCUCAUCUCUUGUAUACAAAAAGGCCAACAAGAAGAAAUAGUUGACGAUGAUAAUAUUCUAAAAACAUUAAAACACAUUGAUCCACAAAAAUUGACACAGCUUAGAAAAAGAUUGGUUACUCCCUUAUCAUCUCAGAAUGAUGUUUGUGUUCCAUCUUUUCCUGGUACUCAAGAAUUUUUUAGAGAUUUCAUACUGUACGCAUUUAAUCCAAUAUUUUAUACACAUUUAGAAAAUUGUUUAGUACAUGAAAUUAUAGAGUUGAACAAGACUCAGUUUACUAGCAGCGAAAUAGAAGAUUCAGAAACUAUAGUGGAUGAGCAAACGAAACGUACUUUCAUCACAUGUCUAACAAGUUUAAGACUACUUGCCAAAAUGUUGGGAUUACUUAUAUCUUUACCUUAUAAAUUAGAAUCAUACACUAAUAAAGAAGUAAUAACAGCACAAAUUGAAAUUAGAAAUAAUGUUGUACCAUCGUUAAAUUUACAAUCUUGCCUUCAAAAUGCAAUUAUGGAAGGAAAAAUGUCUUUGAGUAUUCCUUGGAUAGUAAAAUAUUUAGCAAUGAUGGAUAUAGUGUCUCUUCGAUUAACGUAUUACAAACCAGUCUUAGAAUUACUGUAUUAUAUCUAUAGGACUGUCAAUACUUAUGAUUUUGCUUCUUCCGAUUGUGAGAGUGUUAUGUCUCAAAAAACAGCAAUUUUACUGAAAUUUACGUUAAAAUGGUUUUUCGAGUUACCAAAUUUUCCUAAAGAUUUUUGUUUAACUUGGCAAGAAAUAUAUGAAAUGAAAGAAUUAAAAACACAACGACAAUUUGACAAAAUGUUAGCACAAACGUAUGAAGUAUUGUCUGUGGAAUCUAUUGAUAUUGUUACACCUUCUAAAUAUUGUUUAGAUAAAUUAGAUAUAAUAGAUGAUGAAGUUCUUGGUAAAUGUUGUCCUAUAACUGAUUUAAAAUUACAAACUGUGUCAAAGAAAAAUGUAAAACAUAAUACACGAGGUCCAAACAAACAUAUAACACCAAUAUCUAGUCAACUUCAUAAAUUUGGGGCUAAUAAUAGAAGACAUUUACAGUUGCAGUUAGAAGAAGCUUUUUUCCACGGUCAACCAACUUCAACUCGGAAAACGGUUGAUUUUGUCUUCGAUAGAGUUGCGUCAGCUUGUGUUAAACAUAUUUGCAAUACGUUAUUGGCAUCCGCGAGAGAAACGAAUUUAAAUGUUUUUAGAGAAAUUAUGAAAAGAAAGUACAAAGCAAAGCAUAAAGAAACGCAUGCUACGACAAAUGGUAAUAAUAAUACAGAGAUUAACGAAUUAAAGUCGUUAUUGGCAAAGGAAAUGUCUAUGUUGGCUAGUACUGCUUCAAAAGAUUUGAAAGAACAGUGUGAUAGAAGUAUGCCACAAUUCUGCGAAAGACGAAUUGUGCAAUCUAUUGAAUCACUUUUAGCAGAAGAUUCUUUAGUGCCUGUUAAAGAAAUGUGUAUAAAAAUAGCUUACAGAGUAGCAAUUGAACGUAUAAAUCAAUGGAUACAAUCUCACAUUGUUGGUGGCUCAUUGUUUCAUAAAGACAUGGAUUUAGAAAUUAAUAGGUUUAUUAGAAAUAAUAAUACAUUAUCUAUAAUCCAAGAAAAAGUUCAUAAUCCAGCUGCACCAAAUCCGAGCGAUGUUAUACAUGAACUUAGAUUACAAAUAUGGGAUAUUAUGGAUAAUAAUCGGAACAAUGUAACUCUAACUUCAGUGACAACAAUAUUGAAUAAAUUGUAUGAAAUUUUAAAUGAAAGAGCUGAUCUGGUUUUAGGACCGGAGAAAAUCUUGUAUUUAUUGAGCGUUGAUUUUUCAUUGUUUUUAAUUGCACACAGAAUGGAUCUAUUUACACGAGAUAUUCAAGACCUGAUAAUUAAGAUAUGGACUAUAGACAAUUUUAAGAUAUUUGAAGCAGAUACUCCUAUGUUAAGAUUGUUGAGUCCAAGAAACGUUAUGUUACUUGCACAACCUGAAACUGAUGGAACAUGGUUGAUGUGUGGACAAUUUUUAAGAAGAUUAUUGGAGGAAAGUGUCCUUGAUAUUGAAUUGUUGAGCGAUCAAUACGUGGCAUUAUUAAGGCACGAUUGGCCUGGACCUAUAUUAAAACAUUUAUCAAAGUGCCUUUACGAAAGUAUUGCGGGUUAUAAGUCGACUGAUGAAAAAACAGAAAAAAUUAGAUAUUUGCUUGGGUGGAUAGGAGAGACCUGUCGUGAAAUAGAAAUUGGAGAUGAUUUCUUAUAGAUUCAUUUUUUUCAAUAUAUAUAUAUAUAUAUAUAUAUAUAUAUAUUCUAUUGAUAUAUUUUUAAUUCUCAGCUUGUUAAGAAAUUCUGUAAAUUAUAAGAAUUUUAUAAAUGUACAUUGUUUAUUGUCAUGACAACAGGAAGAAAAUUAUGUUUCUACUGUUUAUUCUUAUUUUCAUGAGAGGAAUACUUCUCAUUUUGUAUCGAUACUUGUAAACAAAUGUAGGAAGUAUGUUGUAAAUCAAUUUAUUCAGAAAUUCAUUCUAUUUAAAAUGGGGCUGUAUAUUAUUGCACCAUUAUCUAUUUUAUAAGAAAAACUAUGCUAUGUAUUUUAAAAUAAAAAUGUUAUAUUUUUCUUUUAC